AUGCGUAGUCGUAUUAGUGACACACAAAAAAAAGAAAUAUGUGAAAUUGCAAAAAAAAAUCCGUCAUAUAGGCAUCAAGAAAUAGCACAAGAGUUUACAAACCUUUAUCCAAAUUUGAAAAUCGAUCGCUCGAUUGUAACAAAAAUCCUGAAGCAAGCUGAUGAGUAUAAUCAACUUAAAAUUAAUGAACAAGCUGAUAAGACCUUUCGUCAUCGUUCAGUAAAACAUCUGAGGUUAGAACUUGCAAUGAACAUAUGGGUAGAGCAGGUUAUAACAAAUGGUUUUAUUAUAUCAGACUCAUUGAUAAAAGAGAAAGAUCAUCAAUUUGCAAAAGAACUUGGCAUAUUUGAAGAAUCUCUUGGAUUUUCUAAUGGUUGGGUUACUAAAUUUAAAAAAAGAAACGGAUUAAGAAAAACUAUAAUGCAUGGCGAGGCAGCAAGUGCCCCCUUAGAAAACCUACCUAUGGAACGUAUAAAAUUACAAGAACUUCUUUCUCAAUAUAAUCCAGAUGAUAUAUAUAAUGCCAACGAGACAGGUUUAUUUUAUCGAUUACUUCCAAAUCAAAUACUUUCUAAAAAAGCAAUUGCUGGAAAAAAAAAG